UAAAAUAGUUCUUUUUCUUUCAUAGAUUGUGCAGACAUGGAUGCCGAGUGUCAAUAUUGGGCCGAUGUGAUGAACUACUGCAGUCCAGCUUCUCUUUAUAAAACAUGGAUGGAAACAAGGUGCAGAAAAAGUUGCAAGAAGUGCGUAAAAUGUGGAGAAAGUGAACUUAUCGCGCCACCUGAGGCGGUAGAGGGUCUUUUGGUAGCACCAGCUCGACCUUUGACUGAAGCAACUACUGAGUUGCCAACUACAAGUGAAAUACCAGACACAACCACUGAGCCCCCAACAACAGUUGAAGCAGAAACCGCUGCGAUUGAGGUUUUUACUGAAGUUCCAAGAGGUGCAGUCGGCUGUGACAUUCAAUGCCGCAACGGAUCAUGCUCAGGGCAAGCAGAGAACUCGAUUUGCGUCUGUGACAAGUCAGCUCCUGGUGUCUUAUCACCAAGGUGCGGAGGUCAGUGCGAAGCCAAUUGUGCAAGACCCGACGACUUCAUCGGGCAGUGGGAAGUGUUUUGUACCGGAGAAAUUGUGUGCACUUGCCACCCGACAGGCGAUGUUGAAGCCGGGAUACCAGGAGGAGCGUUGUGCAGAUAAUUCUUGCAAACUAUGUAUCAUUCGCUCGGACUGUACAGCGGAAAUAUUUUUGUGAUAUUGCAUAUUUAUUUAAAUUGUUCGUUUUCAAUUACUUCGACAGCAAUUUGUUUUUAAUAAAACUGUUUCAAGUAUA